AUGGGAAGCGAGAACUCGUCGGAUGAGACGCGAAAUUGUGCCAAUGGUCUCGCCGCCAAUAUCAACAGUAAUCAUUGCGGUAUUCUCAUUGAUUCGGUGAUCACGUCACUUCUUGGAGUGUUCCAAUUUGCCUAUGGAUUUGUGCCGUCGUUCCGAAGCACCGAUAAUCGAGAAAUCAUGGCUCUUCAGAACAUCCAGGCGAGAACCCGAAUGGUGCUAGCCUACCUUUUCGCGCAAUUGGCGUUGGUUAGGGAAAAACGACCUGGAGGACUUUUGGUGCUUGGAACUGCCAAUGUCGAUGAAAGCCUUGUCGGCUACCUCACCAAAUAUGACUGCUCGUCGGCCGAUAUUAACCCGAUCGGAUCGGUUAGCAAGAUUGAUUUGCGUAAUUUUUUGCAAAUGGCCCAUGACAAAUAUGGAAUGACUGCCUUGAAAAGUGUUAUCGAAUCCACUCCGACCGCUGAGCUACGACCAUUGGUUGACGGAAAAGUUGCACAAACUGACGAGGAUGAAAUUGGGCUGACUUAUGAGGAGCUUUCGGUUAUUGGUCGCCUACGAAAGCCUGGUGGAAUGGGACCUUAUGCGAUGUUCUUGAAGCUUCUGCAGAUUUGGAGCCAUAAAUAUACUGUGGAACAGAUUGAGGAAAAAGUUCGGAAAUUCUGGUGGAGAUAUCGCGUAAAUCGACACAAGGCUACUGUUUCGACCCCAGCAGUUCAUGCUGAAGUAUAUAGUCCCGAUGAUCAUCGCAAUGAUCAUCGACCGUUCUUGUACCCGGAUUUUAGUUAUCAAUUUGAAAGGAUUAGAGAAAAAGUCGAAGAAAUUCGAAGAAACCCCCAGAGAAGUGAAAUUUCGAGAAAUGUGAAUUCCACGCAGCUGGGUUCGUUGCUAACAGUUGAAAAAACUCAGGAAGAAAAGACUUAUGAAGGAAAUGGAAGGUUUGAGUUCUUCUCAGAUUGCUCGAAAAGGGUCAGAUAUCGGAGAUCUUCGGAAAAUGAUGCAUUUUUAAUAGUAAAAGAUGUCGAUAAAACAAUUCGAUCCGAGCACCGUUUUCUGGAUAAAAUUGAGAGAACUCGGGGCAAUCGCCUUCAGCAAGUGUGUCUAUGCCCUUUAACAAGAUUCUACAAAGUAUCCGAUUUUCUUUCAAUCGUUCAGAAUUUUUUGAGAAGAAUUGGUCACGUAUUCUAUGUUGCUUGUUUCCCACCAUUUUGUUGUAUUCUGGGAAGGGCAGCGUUUUGGCCCCCAAAAUGCGCGUAUUUCUUCUAUAUUCCUCCACCUGGAGAUUCGUUGAUUGAUGUUCGGAAUCGCGAUGACGCGGUUAAAAUGCGAAUGCGAAAGGACAAACUAACAAAGUUCAAAACCGCUAGGAAAUGUGAUCCAGCGCAGAAAUACAGCGUCGGAAUUCUUCAUCAUUGCGCAAAUGAUGUGGAAGAAGCGGAAGGAUUCAUCGUCGUCACUUCCCGCAAGAAAUAUGUCGCCUGCGUUUAUAUUAAAUGCCCAACUGGCGAUAAACCAAGGUUUACUAUGUUAUAUUCACAUCCAAAUGGUUCCGAUAUCUCCGACCAUCUAAUCGGUAUGCCAUCACUUAUAGAUAUGGCGAGAUUCUAUAGAUGUGACGUCUACACCUACGAUUACACUGGUUAUGGAAUGAGCCGAGGGUCGAGCAGCGAAAGAAACAUGUACGCUGAUAUAUCAGCCGUUUAUAAUCACAUAAUUGAAGUUCGGAAUGUUCCUGCUUCAAAAAUUGUGAUGAUGGGAUAUUCGAUUGGGACGGCAGCCACUGUGGAAUUGGUGAAAACCCAAUCGGUAAAUGUUCCAGCCGGAAUAAUUUUAUUGGCACCGCCCGCUUCGAUUUUUCGGGUUCUUGUCAAUGUGAUUGGAUUGAAGCGGGUUGGAGAGACGACGUGUUGUCUGGAUAAGUUCUCAACGGUUAAUAAGAUUGCCGAUAUUAAAGUUCCAGUGCUCAUUAUUCAUGGCGAGAAGGAUCGCACAGUUCCGAUCGCUCAUGGCAAAUUAAUAUGUGAGAAAGCUGUUACAAAGGUAACUCCGGAAUGGGUGGCUACCGGAACCCACAACGAUCUCGAGAAUUGCAAACAAGUUUGGCUUCGAAUCCGGAAAGAACUUGGUAUGAAGGAUAAUGAAAAUGAGAAAGUGAAGAACGAUUAA